CUCUCCCUCUUUGAUUUGACUGGUCUCCGGCUGCUGGAGCAGGAUGGAGGAUACUACCACAGCGGCGGCGAUAGCAGCCCGGGGAAUGUCCGUGUCGACUGAGGAGAGGGAGGCAUGGAUGGAAAGGGCAAUGCACAUGGCUAAAGAAGCCCUAGAAAAUGGUGAAGUUCCUGUUGGAUGCCUCAUGGUCUACAAUAACAAAGUUCUGGCAAAGGGGAGGAAUGAAGUUAAUCAAACUAAAAAUGCUACACGACAUGCAGAAAUGGUAGCAAUUGAUCAGGUCCUAGAGUGGUGUCAUCGUUAUGGUAAAAGUCCUACAGAAGUAUUUGAACACACUGUAUUAUAUGUCACUGUGGAGCCAUGUAUAAUGUGUGCAGCUGCUCUUCGCCUGAUGAAAAUUCCACUUGUUGUAUAUGGCUGCCAGAAUGAACGAUUUGGAGGUUGCGGCUCUGUUCUGGAUAUUGCUUCUGCAGACUUACCAAAUACUGGGACACCAUUCCAGUGCAUUCCUGGAUAUCAAGCUGAGGAAGCAGUGGAAAUGUUAAAGACCUUCUACAAACAAGAAAAUCCAAAUGCACCAAAAUCAAAAGUCCGGAAAAAGGAAGGUCACAAAUGUUGAACUUCAUCUGAUGGAAGACCCAUCUUUAAUAGUGACUUCAAUAAAAUGCUUGUAAUGGAAACAUUUAACAUGACAUGGCUGAAUCACAUAUCCAGCCAUGGUCCAGCCAUACCAGCAAACCAAAUGUUCCUCAUGUUCUAUCAAUUGCAGUGGUUAUCCUCCAUUCUUGGAAAAGUCUUCCUCUUUAUCUCUACCUCUUAGAAUACUUGAUUCUUUCAAAAUUCAGUUCAAACUCCAUCUUCUGCAAGAAGAUUUUUCUGGUUUUUCCCAGCUAGAAGUGCCUUAAAAACUUAACAGCAAAAGUUACCUUGUAUUUAUCUUGAAUGUGUCUUAUUUAUACAUAUAUAGGUACAUGUUGUAAUUCAGAAUAUAAGCUCCCUGGGGAAAGGACUGUUUUGUUUUUCUUUUGUAUCUCUUGAAUUUAGCACAGUGUCUGAUACAUAGUAGCAGAUCAAUAAAUAAUGAUAUAUUUUAAUUAAUUAAAA